UUGCUGAUUUCUAUCUACCUUUUGGAGCCACCUAGAAAGCUAAUCCUUGUUUUGAUCUGCAGUUGCUCGCGCUACUAUCGUAGCUUUUCUGGCGUCACGAUGCCCCGGCUCAUACGCCGCCAACCAUUGGCAGAGCGCAUCAAAUCCUACCUAAACCCCUUGGACUUUCUCCUAUGGCUGUCGGAAGAGAUAGAUGCAAAUGAUUGGGAUCAGUUUGAGAAGGACUGGGCGCUGCCUUUGGGUGUGGUCUUGAAUGUGGUCUUUCUAAUCGCAAGAGCCAACACUCAACCCAGUGGCGGGAGAGCCAUAGAUGAUGUUUUUGGCGAAGAUGGGGGCACUCCUUGGCUCAGCUGGUUUGCUUCGUUCGUCGUUCAUCUCCUCGUUUGUUUUACCGGGCUCAAUAGUUUCUAUACAUUUUACCGCAAACGACACUAUCGCAUGUUUGAAGCAUCAAUUGACCGCGCACCUGCGACACCAUCAGCUCACCGUGUACGGGUUGACUCAACUCCGGCCUCACCGCUGCGAUACCUUGCCAAUGUGGUUUCCGGGUCGGCACGAUCAAGAGCGCACCCCGAUGCGCAGCGUGACGUGUGGGAGCUUGCAGUCUGGGACCCUCUACCGAUUUGCCUGCGAUUGUUCUGCCUGUUUAGUCCUGGGCAUGUCUUAGUUUACUGGCUUUUCCUGCCUACACAAUUAUCAGAUCCGCGACCAAGCGUUACCAUUGUGACGACAAUCUUCUUGACAACGCUUCUGUCAGUACAGAUGACAUUCCUAUCAACUUCCUUCAAGCAGCAGGCAAAGGACUCUACCCUGGUACAUAAGGAAGUGUUGAAAGAGUAUGACACAAAAUAUGUGCAUCCUCGAACUCAGCCUUUAAUGAGAGAUGUCGGGACUCAGUUUUCCGACGCAGAUGUCACCCAAUCCGGCUCUAAAUCCAAGUCUAAUAAAGUGGACACUUAUACUCCUACCUUCAUUGUCCAGCGGGGCUUCAAGACUAGCCCGAACCCCAACUACCUUAAACAUGUUGACCCGGAUGGUAUUUCAUCUGGACGUCAAUCACUAACUGGAACCCCUUCUGGCCCAUCUCAAUACCAAGGCCCACUGCAAACACCAAGUCAUUUGCGGGACACUUCUCCUAUUGUUCGAGGCCCUGUCUCGUCAAUUCGGCAGCCGCAGUUCCGUCAAACCCCUACCGCCACGGGAGAUGGUGGUAGUCUGGGUAUUUACUCGCAUGCUAAUUCCCCUUUGAGGAAAUCAAGUUCCACGAACUUUGACCGCCGUCUCCAGAGUACUGGGGAUUUCUUCUAUAGAGAGCGAGGCGCAAGUCCAAUGAAGAAGCCGUCUAGUCCGCUGAAGAGGAGCAAUGUUCCUGGUGACGCGAGCCCCAUUGCAUCAGGCUCAAGACGAUCUCAUCUUGACUUGCGUCGCCAGACAGGAAGAUUCUAG